AAAAAUCAAAUUCUAAAAAAAAUAAAGUUUUGAAAAAAGCUUAAAGUUUGCAAACAUGGCAGCUUUACCUUUAACUUUAGAUACUUUACAAACACCUGGCAAUGAAAGCAUUACACUGCAAACUCCUUUAAUGUCGCCGCAGCAAUGUCUUAAGGCUGAUUCAUCGUCAUCGUCAAGUGCUGCUGGCAAUGACAUGAUGGAAACACCAGAACGUCCCUCUAAUUUAACAUUAGAAACAACACAUCAACAACAACAGCAGCAGCAUCAUUUGCAACAUUCCAAUGUUACUCCAUCGCAUGGCAAUAUUUCACCUGCUUUAAGUAGUGCUGGCAGUUUAUCGCCUUCAUUCCUGCCCGAGAUGCCACAAUGGAAACGUGACCUCAUACAAAGACGUAAACAAAAUGUACAACGUACAAUAAGUGCUUCAUCACCAUCAUCCACAACAACAACAUCAUCAUCAUCGCCAACAACAAUUGCUAUGGCUAUUGGCGGUUUAAAAACCUCUACAUCUUCAUCAUCUGUGCGUUCAUUAGCCGGUAGUAACACUAAUAUUGACCAACUUGCAUCAGAUGGUUUACAACAAGUCUGCUCAACCAAAGAUUACACUAAAACUUCAUUAUUAACAUAUGCGAACACAACAACAAAGGUAAAUAAACAAUAUAUUACAACAACAACAACUAGUACGAAGCCGGCAAACAACAUUAAAUCAUAUACAAAAACAUCAUCAUCAUCGCCACUUAAAGAAAAGGCAGAAAAAUUGUUUGGAGGUCAAUAUACAGCAACAACACCAACAUCAUUAUCAUCAUCAUCAUCGUCAGCUACAUUUACAACCAAAGAAGAGAUCACUACUCCACAACGGCUAAAUAAAGAGUGCAAAGUCAACAUACAGCAAGAAAAUAAUGAAAUGACGGAAGAAAAUCAAAAACAAGAACAUUUUGAAAUGUAUAGAAAUACCAAUAAAUUGGAAGAAGAAGAACAACAAGACGAAGAAGCAGAAUUAUUAAAUGAUGAAACAGAAACCACAACAACAACAGCUAUUAUUACAAAUAAACAACAACAAAUGGCAACUCGUUUAACGGGUUCUUCAUAUAACACUAACACCACCACUACUACUACUAGUACACAACACAACACUGCUUCUUCAUCAUCGUCAUCUUCUUCAUCAUCAGCAAUUGUAAAGAGAGCCGAGACUGAGCGAGAGAGUUUAGUGAAUAGCCAACCACAUUACCACAACAACAUAGCUGUUGGGAAUUUACAAAAUCAGUCGCUUAAUAAAUGCGAGAGUGAACGUUUAGUAUGUGCGGCAAAUACUACAAAUAUAACGAAUAUUACGGGAAAUUCGAUUAAUUUUAAUAAUAAUAAUACAAAUAAUAGUGUAACUAUUGGUGGUAUUAGUGUUGGUAUAAAUAAUAGUAGUGUUGGUGGUAGUAGUAGUAGUGCAAGUGUAGUGAAAAUAUCACAAAAAUUACAAGAAAAUCAAUUUAUCAAAAACGAACAACAUUUGAAUAUAAAGAAAUUAAAUAAAUUUAAACAAAAUACCACAAGUGGUGGCAAUAAUAUAUCGUUGGAUUUAAAGUCACCUACCAAGACCACAACAACUAACAACGUAUUAACAACUUCUAAUUCAUAUUCUUGUUUAACAUCAUCAUCUUCAUCAUCAUCAUCAGCAACAUUGGCUAACUGUGCAAUUAAAAAGAAAAUGGUGGCCGUACAAGAAAUGAAAAAAUCCACACAAACUGGCGCCACACAUUUGCAUCCAAUUACCUCCACAUGCCAGGCCACCAAUCGUGCAAAUAAUCGCUCAGGAGGAGGAGGGGGUGCAGCCAGCGAUUUAGAUACUAGUGAGGAUUUAAGUUAUGGCCCCGGCAUUGUCUCCAAAUUGCGUUGCCGUUAUUUAAGUUUGGCUUUGCGAGAGUCCAUGGAACAGCAGCGUUUGAAUAAAGAUCAAUUGAGACGCUCUACCAGUCUCAAUAAUUUGCUGGACAAUAACGAGGAUGAGGAGGAAAAUUGUGAGGACGAUGAGGAGGAGGAGGACGAGCCUGAAGAUGAGGAGAAUCAGGGUUUUGAUUAUAAAACAAUAAGGAAUGAUACACAAAAUGGAGAUUCUCAUAUUAUGGGCUGCAAGAAAAUGGGUAUUUUGAAGACCUCCAUUAAUAAUGGCCAGGAGAAAAGAUACUCCUCCAAUACCCAAGGUUCCAAUGGGGUGGGUGUUACCUUUACCGAAACCUCCUACAACAAACGUUCACGCCAUCUAAAACGAGGCAAUGAUUCUUUGAAAAGAGCUAGAUCGGUGGAGGCUUUGCUAAGUGAAAAAUCUCCUUGGCAUACCAGAGCCAAUAGCUCGGCUCCCAAUUGUGGUGUUACCAUUGAGGAUAAGAUACAUAAUGCCCGUGAAAGACUGCAGCAGGGCACCGAUCAUUUGCCACCCAAAAGAUUAACCUCUAUUAUAGAUGAUACCGAAAGACCACCACCAGAUUUGGUUAAGCAGACUUUGAAAAUGUUUGAGGCCACCGCCAAUCGCCGGCCACGCACCACCAAUCGCAGCAAUUCCAAGGGAGAUGUGGCCAGUAAAGUGGAGACCUUUAAAAAUAUCAUUAAAGAACAAAAACCGGUGGUUACUUAUCCCAAGCCGCUGAGUCCCACUAAAAAACUGCAAAAACCUUUAAAGACUUCUACACCACAAGCCCAAGAUCUCUUGCAGUCUCCCCUGGGUAGAAAGGCAUUGGCCAUAGCCACGUCCAUCAAUAACACGCAAGACUGUUUAACACCUUUGAAAACAAACCAAACCACCUUAUCGGAACACACACCGGACAUAAUACCCCGGCAAAAAUUCAACAACGAAAGAGAUUUCAAACAAAACAAAGAGCUAUUCAACUCUAAAGAGAAACUGGAUACACCACUAUCCAGUUUAAAGAGAGAUCAUUUAAUUAAAGAGAAAUUUGAGGUGGAUUCACCGUUAACCGCUCUAACCAAAGAGUUAAGUAAAUUGAAAUUAAACGAUACAACACCAAACCGAAAAACCGAUAACUGUGCUGCAGCCACCAGCAGCAGCGAUAACCAUGAAUCAAUGAAUAAUAAGGGAAGUAGUAGUAUGGCUGUUGGAGGCGUCGUCAGCGGUGUCGCUGGCAGAGGCGACAAUAAUGGCGAUGGUGGUGACGCAUGCCAACGCCAAAACAAUAAAUACCCAUACAGCAACAACGAUUUCAAAAACGAAGAAACCCAGCAAGAAUUUAACAAUAUUAGCUCUCUUAAAAACGAAAACGAUAAGAUUAAUAAUAAAAAUACAAAACCAAACAAUAAUGAAACAGCAACAAGCAGCACGAUCGAUACGAAAAACGAACCAGCAGCGACCGUUAACAAUUAUGAGUGUUUAACAAAGGCUGGCUCGCCUCCUCCCAGUAGUAGUGAUUUAAGUGAUGGUGGCGAAAACUACGACGACGACGAAUACGGCGGUUUGAAAACAACAAAGCGUAUUACGCGCACGGCACUCGAUAAUAUAGCAAAAGCGGGUUAUACACAACAAUUUAAAUUUAAUACCAGCUCCAGUUCCAACUCAAACUCUUCAGCACCCUCUACCCCUAAUAAUACCACAAACUCCACAUCCUCUUCCUCUGCUACGCCCCUUAAUACGACACAAAAACAAAUAGGUGUGAUACGUCCUCUACUCAAUACCCAGCAGCAAAAAACAGAAACCACCAUGGAGACACUAAAACAUUCCACACCCACUUCAUUGACUUCCAGGGAAAUCGAAAAGAAUCGCAUCAAUGAUUUGAAAAAAUCUUCCACAGCAAAUUCACACACCAACAAUACAGUGGCGGCAUCGGCGGCCAACUCCUCGCCCUCAGCUAGUCAGCUAGAUCAUGUGAUUAAGACCACCACACACAACACAACAUCGCCCGCCUCCGGAGGAGCCUCUAGUGCUGCCACGGCGGCUGCUGGCUAUUCCGAUGUUGAUUCCGUUAUAAGUGCUACAAAUAGUCCAUUGUGGGCCAUGCGUAAACGGCGCCAGGCCCCACCAGCAGCACCGGCCGAAAACACCAGCAUGGUGUUUAAUUUCUCCAAUCGCAAAGAAGUACCCGAUUAUAUAGAGAACGAUGGUGUUAUAUUUAGGCGUAAAAGGGAAUUGCCAAAGCCAAAUGAAUCGGGUUUCGUUUUAUUGGGUGAUUUGUCGGUGGAAACUUCCACCGAUAUGGAUUAUGAUGAUUUUUCCAUGUGUCCACCCUCACCAUGUGAUGUUGAAUUUGUUAAUGCAAAUAUUGUGAUUGAUGGUAAAUCAAGUAUUCGACAGAAAUCCAAAGAUACAGCGUUCCGCGUACAAUUUAAUGAUACUCUAACAUCCACAUUUGAAUAUCCCUCCGAAGCUUCAUUAAUUGUGGAUGAAAGCUUUAGCGCGUACAAUGAGAGCUAUACCCAGCCUCUUGGUUCUAGCUGCUCGGCCCCCGAUGAUUUUACCCAGGCAUUUCAGAAUUUAUGUUUAGAGAAUGCCACCAGCCAUCAUCAUGUGGCCGAUGAGAUUAUACAACUGCCAACCUUUAAUGCUAGUUCACCUGCCGUCGCCGCUAACAAUACAAAUACGCCUACCAAAAACAUAUUGGGCAAUUUACCAUUAGGUUCAGCACCACUUGGUUUCUACACGCCUCUAAAAGCACCCAUUGAUAGACUGUUUCAAUUGGGCGUAACACGAGCACCCUCACUACUGAGCAAUGAUUCUUCCUCCUCACCCACAGAAACAACAGCAAAUGGUAGUGGUACACUUUUGAAUGGUAUUUGUUUUGGCGCUAAUGAUUUAGGUGAUGGUGGUGGUAAUGGCAGUAUUGUAGGCAUUUCAGGUGGUCUAAUAUGUGAUGAUUAUGAUGAUGUUGAGAAAAAGCCAACUAAACAACGAGCUGCUGCAGAUGAUGACGAGCCAGAUAGUUUGCAAUAUAUAAAACCAGCUGAUGAUGAUCUCAAUAUGGCCUACAGUGAAGGAACACAGAAAACCGAUUUAUUGUACUGAAGAAAAUUGAGAACAAACAAUUUUGGACAAAAAAAUUUAAAUUCGAAAUUAUUGUGAUUUUCUUUACUAUUUAUAUUUAAACAUAUAAUAAUAUAACAAUAGCAUCAUAGAUUUAGUAAGGCAAGCGCAGGCGUGCGUGCUGUUUUUUUGUGAGUGUUUAUCCUAGCAGUUAUAUAAAAGUAAAAAUUCUAUGUAUUUGUUUUAAGAAUUUUAGUUUAAAAAGUAACUUUUUUCUGUAAAGACAGA